AUGAACUACUCGUCAGUUGUCAUCAUAGUGCUGCUAGCUGUGAUCGGGUUAGACCUCGGGCAAGCUACUUACAAUCAUGACCUUGAAUUUACAGAAGAUGAGUUCCAAACUCUAAUGGAUAUGAUGGAAGAUUCUGAGAAUGAACGGGAUGUGCGCCUUUCUAACUGGUUUAAAAAGGCAUUUAAUUCUGCCAAAGAUUGGACCAAAAAGGCUGCCAGUGACGCAGGGAAAUGGACGAAGAAGGCAGCCAGCGACGCAGGUAAAUGGACCAAAAAAGCCGUCAAAGACGCGGGCAAAGCAAUCAAGAAAGGGUGUGGAUAUGUCAACGAGAUACCUGUCAAAGAACUUGUUUAUCACAGAACGAAGGAGAUGACAGAAGAAGAGUUUAUGUCGGAUGUCGAUGAGGCUCAGCUAGCAGCAGCUUACAAUGCUUUAAAAUCAGGUUGCAAAAUCAUUGGGAAGUAGAAGGAUGUACAUCGACUAACUCUCCCUCCUACAAAUCAGGGCC